UUCCAUCGUUAAAAAUGAAUUCAUUUAUCCCUCACCAACCAGAGGCUUGAAGAACACGAGAUUUGCUUUUGUUUUUUUUGUUUUGACUAAAGUUAAGAAGAGGAAGUUCCUUCCUAGGGUUAAAAAGCCUCUCCCUUUUAAUUAACACCAUACAUGAUGCAAAGAUGAUGAUGAGUCUGAGUCUGAGUCUGAGUCUUCCUUUCCUAAUUCCCUUCCCCCUUCCAUAAAAGCACCCCCAUUCCCCAAACCUCAACAAUUAACAAAGUGAACAUCAGAACAUACAAACAAGCCUCUAAUUACAAUAAUGUCCUCAUCCCCGUUCCCUUCUUGUUUCCGCCCCUCCCCCAACGCCGAAUCCCACCCUCCUCCCCCUCCGCCGCCGCACUCCACAAUCUCCAACCUCACAAUCUACCACACCGACACAGGCCCCGUGUCCCUAACAUGGUCACGCUCCAUUGUUGGACGCUCCCUCCACAUUCAGCUCCACCAAAACCCCUUAGAUUCCCCACCCUACCCUAACCCUAACCCUAACCCCUCCCCCUCCACCACCCUCUCCUUCCACCUCCACAUAAGACCCUUCCUCUUCUGGAAAAAACACGGUUCCAAAAAACUCGCCCCCAACACCCACCUCUUCUGGAACCUCUCCAGAGCCAAAUUCGGCGCCACCCCCGAACCCCUCUCCGGCUUCUACGUCGCCCUAGUAGUCCACAACCACAUGACCCUCCUCAUCGGAGACGCCGCCAGAGACGCGUUUUCAAAGUCCAAGGCGCGCCACCCAAACACGCCGCAACUCCUCCUCCUAAAAAAAGAACACGUCUUUGCCGACAGGCUGUACACCACGCGCGCCACGUUCGGAGGUAAAGCGCGUGAGAUUCAGAUCGAUUGCGGCUACCACGACCACUCCAAGCUCUGCUUCAGCGUGGACGGGGAGAAGGUGCUGCAGAUUAAGCGCUUGAAGUGGAAGUUCAGAGGGAACGAGCGGGUUCAGGUGGACGGCGUGCACGUGCAAAUCUCGUGGGACCUUUAUAACUGGCUGUUUGACAAGAACAACAACAGCAGCAGUGGCGCCGACGCGCACGCCAUUUUCAUGUUCAAAUUCGAGGAGGACGAGGUUGAGGCGGUCGGGGGGGAUAGGAACAACCUGGUUGCGCUGUGGAAUUUGGGGGCUUCGGAAUGGGGCAAGACUUGGUCCUCUUCUUCGCUGUCGUCUUCCGGUGGGUCUUUCGGUGGAAGCUCCUCCGUCUUGGAAUGGUCCAGUGUGGAGGAGAAUGAGUUGGUCGUUCCUGUUGGUUUCUCUCUGCUCGUUUACGCUUGGAAACGCUGAAGGGGUACUAUUGGAAUUUUCGAUUGGUUUUCUUCUGUUAUGCACUGCUAACUCGUUAGAAUUUAGGAUGCAUGUGUGUGAUAUUUCCCCCACUAACCCAUUCGUUUCGUGGACAUACAUAAUUAGGGAUUGAAUAAGUGGAAUUAGAAUGUACAAGCAUAAGCAUGUGAGAAUCUAUUAGCGGAUUCGAACUUGACAAUUGAUGUUACAGAUUCUUCUUUUGGAAGUAGAUGGAACUCUGUUGUGAGUCUUUUUUUUUUUUUUUUUUAUCUUUGUACUUGGUAUCUGGUUUUAUCUGGAACUUGAUGCCAUGUAAUGUAAAUUCUUUUUGUAACUCAUUGUUUGCAGCCGAGAAUCAAAUUGAUUCAGACGUGAUGAAAACGAAUUUGUUUCAGUUUGUUGUUAA